AUGGCGCCAUCGUCACCCCCGGAUAACCCUCAUCAGCAGCAGCAGCAGCAGCAGGAGCACGACGAUGCCCUUGGCAGCCUCGACACCGAGGCCCUCAGCCCCGUGGCGCGCACCAUGGACUCCAUGGACACGCUCGGCCUGUGCACGUCCUUCAACCACGAGGAGGCCCGCGUCUCGCGCGCCGUCGCGGAGCGUCUACCCGCCAUCGCGGCCCUCGUCGACGACCUCGUCCCGCGCCUGCGCGCCGGCGGGCGGCUCGUGUACGUGGGCGCGGGCAACAGCGGGCGCGUGGCACACAUGGACUGCGCCGAGCUGCCGGUGACGUUUUCGGUAGAUGGACGCUCGCAGUUCCUGGCCGUGGUGGCGGGCGGGACGGCGGCCGUGCUGGGGGCCGUCGAGGGCGCCGAGGACCUCGUCGACGACGGCGCGGCCAGGAUGAGGGACCUUGACCUGACGCCGCGGGACACCGUCAUCGGCAUCUCGGCGUCGGGGCGGACGCCGUUUGUCAUGGGCGCCCUGGGGGUGGCGGUGCGACGCGGUGCCCUGACGGCGGCCAUCACCAACAACACCAACAACAACACCAACAACAACACGGGAGCAUCCCGCAUGCAAGACGACGAUGAGGAUAUGAGCGUCGCGCACCCCAUCGCCGUGCCCGUCGGCGCCGAGUUCGUCACGGGCAGCACGCGGCUCAAGGCGGGCAGUUGUGCCAAGCAGGUCCUCAACAUGAUCAGCACCUGCGCCAUGGUCAAGCUCGGCAAGACAUACCGGGGCCUCAUGGUCGACGUGCGGGCCAACAACAACGAGAAGCUCCGCGCGCGAGGGAGACGCAUCGUCCGUCAGGUGUUGCGCGAGGGGAAGCCGUCGACGCGGACGACUACUCUGCAGCACGUGCGACGGAACGACAAUCCAGGGGCGGUGGCGGCAGAAGAAGAAGACGCUGACGACGAGGACGACAGGGCCAUUGACGCGCUGAUCGAGCGUUGCGGCGGCAGCGUCAAGCUCGCCUGCGCCGUCGGGCUCUCUGGCCUGCACCCAGAUGCUGCAAAGGAGAGACUGGCGAGCGUGGACGGCCAUCUGGAGGCCUUUGUUAACGGGCUCGAGGCGUCGGAAUCACCACGGUCACCGCAACGUCCGACAACAACAAAUACACCGCACGGGCAGGGAGAAGAGGAGCGGGAGCGGGAGCGGCAGCGGCAGCGGGAAUACUUCCUCUGCAUCGACGGCGGCGGGACCAAGUGCGCCGUAUCCAUCGCCACGCGCGGAGAAGGCAUCGUCGCGCAGGCCACGGCGGGCGCUUGCAACCUCAACUCGACAUCCCUUGACGAUGCCGUCGAGCAGAUCCGGCGCGCCACCGCCGCCGCGGCCGCAUCGCUACACGGGCCAGACGAAAGGUCAGGUCAAGUACCGUGGCGGCCGAGCUUCACCAGGGUCUGGGCAGGCAUCGCCGGACUGCACCACGCCAGCCACCACGCCGGCGCGCUGGCAUCUCGCCUCGAGCACCUCCUCGGCGUGUCCACCGAGCGCGGGAGUCUGCGUCUGACGUGCGACACGUCGCUCCUAUCCUCGUGUCUCCUCGCUGCCGCCGAUGACGACGACGAGGAGCUGGCCGAGGGCUGCUGCGUCGCUCUCAUCGCCGGGACAGGCGCCGUGGCGACGGCGUUUCGGAGAUCGGCGGACACGGGGGGCGAGGUCGUCCAGGUCGGCAGGACGGGCGGAUGGGGUCACCUCGUGGGCGACCAGGGGAGCGCCUUUUACAUCGGCCAGCAAGCGCUGCGCAUCGUCCUCACGAGCCUCGAGGCGCGCCAGAGCGACGACGACGACACUCAUCACUCGCUCAACCGGCCUCUCGAGGCCGCCGUCGUCAAGCAUCUCGGCUGCGGCAACGACCCGAAAGACGUCCUGUCGAGCAUCCUAUCAUCCGUCCCAGAGGGCGGCGCCCAACAACCGCUCCCCAAGCAGCGCAUCGGCAGACUCGCCCUCGUCGUGACGCAGUUGGGAUUCGCAGACGUCGACCCCGAUCCGCAGGCCCGCGCGAUCCUCGACGACGCGGCCGCUUGCCUCGCGCGCCUCGUCAGGCCCUUGGCUUCGGAGCGGCUUUGUGACCCGCCCAAGGGCAUCCUGGCCCUGUCAGGGGCCCUAAUGAACGUCAAGCCGUACCGGGACUUGGUGCUGGACAAGUGCGCUGCCAUGGGGGUGCGCUUUGGGAGGAUCGUGGUGGUCACGGACGCCUCGGCGUACGGGGCCGAGUUUCUUGCAAAGAUGCGCCAUACGUCGCUAGACGGCGAUCGGUAA